AAGCCGGUUCAGCCGCCGCUGUCAGCCCCAGAAAGCCGGCCGGAAGGACGAGCUCGCAAGAGUCACCGACCCGAGUUAUCUUCGCUUCUGUUUUUAUCAAUUUUCUGAAAGAAAAAGGAAUAUGGUGUCAAUCUGAAAAAAAAGAAAAAUGGCACAGAAAGACACUUUAUUACAUCUCUUCGCUGGGGGAUGUAGUGGUACCGUAGGAGCCAUCGUGACCUGUCCCCUGGAGGUGCUGAAGACGCGUCUGCAGUCCUCAGGUCUGGCCCUGCGCCCCGUCUUCCAGGUGCAGAUGGGCUCGCUCAGCGGCACCGGGGUGAUCCGUCCGGGGACGGUCACACCGGGACUCCUGCAGGUUCUGCGGUCAAUUCUGGAAAAGGAGGGUCCACGGUCGCUGUUUCGGGGCCUGGGGCCCAACCUAGUGGGUGUAGCCCCCUCAAGAGCCAUCUACUUUGCUGCAUACUCAAAGUCCAAAGAGACGUUGAAUGGCGUGUUUGCACCCAAUAGUGGACCUGUACACAUGAGCGCAGCUGGUUUUGCAGCCUUUGUGACCAACUCUAUGAUGAACCCCAUCUGGAUGGUAAAGACAAGGAUGCAGCUGGAGAAAAAGGCCCGAGGGGAGAAGAAGAUGAACGCGCUGCAGGUUGCCCGCUACGUUUACAGAACAGAAGGCAUGAGGGGCUUCUACCGCGGACUCACCGCCUCCUACGCUGGCAUCUCAGAGACCAUGAUCUGCUUCCUCAUCUACGAGACGCUGAAGAAGCGCCUCGCCGAGGGCCGCUAUAACUCGCCCAACGGUAGCUCUGAGAAGGUAGCGUCGGACUUCCUGGGCCUGAUGCUGGCAGCGGCGUUUUCAAAGGGCUGUGCGUCCUGCAUAGCUUAUCCACACGAGGUUAUCCGGACAAGACUGCGCGAGGAAGGAAGCAAGUACAAGUAUUUCUUCCAGACGGGAAGAUUAAUAGCUGUGGAGGAAGGCUAUCCGGCUUUUUACCGAGGACUCGUUCCACAGCUCAUUAGACAGAUCCCAAACACGGCCAUCGUCCUGUUCACCUAUGAACUCCUCAUCCACGUGCUGGCAGAGUCAAAGUAACAUCCAAACAUUUUAACGGAGCCAAAAUGAUGGGGCGACAUGAGGCACUCAUGCACAUCGGCUGAAGGACUAUUGAGAAGGCAGCAAAUUACUUUUUCUAUUUUCAUGCGCUGCAAUAAAGACUGUCUUUUUUUGGGGGUGAAAAAUUGACACUUCUUGCGUUGCUAUCCAAAGAUCGAGAUAUAUUUUUAUUUUAUUGAAAGCAUGUCUAGAUGUUCCUCGUUUGCAGUACUCGUGCAUACUCCAUACCUGAGCUGUUUUUUUUGUUCUUUCCUUUGUAAAAAAUAGGUCACCGGCCGAAGGAGGAGUAUUGUUAAGUUAACUAAAUUAUUAUGUGUAUUAUUUGUAUUCUUACUAUUGUACCCGUUUUCUCAUGCUUAUCAGUGAAAGUGAAUGUACCAACACUCAACAUGUGCAGGGUGACUGUUCUGGAUAAUGAAGGGAAGAUAUAAAGUUUAUAAUACUGGUGCACAUGAACCAUACAGCCCCAACAGAAGUUAUUUUUGUUUUUCCUUCCUAAAUUUCAGAACAGUUGUGGUUCUGAAGUUGAAUUAUAUCAAGAGUAAUAUAUUUAUAUUACUCAAUACAGGUAUAUCUGUAUAUGCCGUUUUUUUUUUGUUAAUUUAACCCAAAAAAGGACCUUGACUAUUUGAAUCACUGGUUAAAUAAAGUGAAUCAAGAACUCGUACUUUGGUUGUUGGGGUGACUAACUUUCAAGACUGAGGCUUUGACCUCAACUUCAACAUUGGAAAUUAGGAAAAAGACCAACUGAUUCCAUUCCUGGAAGUGUGGGUUACACACUAAGAUAAUGUAACAUUAUCUUUAUGUGGUUAAAUGAUUCAAGGAAAGAAAUGGAUAUUGGGAAACAGAAUUGUGCCUCUUCAAUAAAUACGUUUGCUGUCCCGUC